CCACUAGCACAUCUUUCUUCCUUCCCGUUUCUCGCUUAACGCCAUUUCCAGAUCUAAAGUGCUCUCUCUCUUUCUCUCCGUACAGAGAAUGGACGCCUUGGACUCCGUAUUCGAUCCACUCAGAGAGUUCGCCAAGGACAGCGUUCGCCUCGUCAAAAGGUGCCACAAGCCCGAUCGCAAAGAAUUCACGAAGGUCGCGUUCCGUACGGCGAUCGGAUUCGUGGUGAUGGGGUUCGUUGGGUUCUUCGUCAAGCUCAUCUUCAUCCCCAUUAACAACAUCAUCGUCGGAUCUAGUUAAGGUAAGGUGGUAAUGCAAGGUUGCCGAAGUAGGAGUUCUCUGGGGUGGAAAACAUAUAGAGGAAGGAGAACAAAUUACAAUCUACGGGAUCUUUUUCAGCAUAAGCAUUUCCUUUUUGAAUUAAGACACUUGUUUUUAUGAGAAUUUCCGUUUAGCUCUGUACUCCUUUACACAUUUUGUUGUGCUCUCGAUCUUGGUACUAAAGAGGUAACAUUACUAAACAGUGUAGUCGAUUUUGUGCAACAUGGAAUAUGGAUGAUGGCUUUUGUUC